AUGUGGGAUAACUGUUCCUUUAAAUACAAAAUCAUGCCUACUAGACGCCUCCCUCCCUGUGACUUUAACCAUGACCCAUGCCCCGAUGAAUAUGGUGAAGGAGAGCUGCCACCACCACCUCCACCACCACCAUACAAUGAUGGAAUACACCCAGCUUUAAUACAAUUCAUAGUUGACACCACUAGACACCUUAGUGAAGCAAUAUCACGAAUUCCACAACCUAACGAACGAGCCGAACCCAUAGGUUGUUCAUUACGUGAUUUUGCUAGUUAUCAUUUUCAAAGUUUUGAAGGAACUGAAGGGCCAAACGCCACUGAAGCAUGGCUCACAGAUAUAGAUGUGCUAUUUAAUACUCUCGGCUACACAAACGAGCAGAAAGUUCGGUUCAUUGCACUGCAACUGACAGGUGAAGCUGGGAGAUGGUGGAAUGCAAGGAAAGUACUACUCGAGGACGAGAUGGUGAUUACUUGGGAGAUGUUUAAAGUGGAAUACAACCGGCGCUUUUUCCCUAGAGCUCAGAGGCAACUUCGGGCAAUAGAAUUCAAAAAUCUUGUUCAAGGUAAUAUGACCGUAGAACAAUAUUCCGCCAGAUUUAUGGAGUUAGCCAGGUUUGCGGCCAACCUUAUUCCUAAUGAAGAAUCGAAGGCAGAACGAUUCAAGAAUGGCCUCAACCCUCGCAUCAAGGAGAGGGUAAUCAGCUUGGAAAUAAAGGACUACGCCAGAUUGGUAGAAGUUGCAUCACUAGCUGAAAGAGGAAUACGAGAAUCGGCAACGGCUUAUGACCUGAAGAAAUGUUCAAAGCAACAGAUGACACACCCAGCCAAGAGGCUAGCCAUUGGAAGCGGUUCCAAACCCACCAUGGGUAAGAACUUCCUGGCAAUAAUCAAGAAUCAGAGUGCUAUUUCCAGCAAGUGCUCAAGAACACACAAAGGGGAUUGUAGGCAAGGAACAUCAACUUGCUUUAAAUGUGGUAAGCCCAGACAUUUUCUGAAGGAUUGCCCUAUGAAUGCUGCUGGAGGAACGAAAUCCCAAGGAAGCGGAACACAAGUACAGGUAUAUUAUCUCACGCCUAGAGGAGUAGAAGAAGAAAAAAAUGAAGGUGAAGAAGAAAAUAUGAAUGUGGUGACUGGUACCAUCCCUUUAUUCGAUAAAUUAGCAAGUACUCUUUUUGAUUCUGGUGCCACGCAUUCCUUCAUAUCAUCUACAUACGUUAAAUUAUGUAGCAUGAUCACUCAACCCUUAAAUCAAAACAUAAUUGUAUCAACACCUGCUGGAGAUGUAGUUACAUGUAGAAAACUUAUUGAGAAUUGCCCCAUCGUUAUAAGAGAUAGAGUUCUACCGGCAAACUUAACAGGCAAACUUAGCAGUGCUUCAAAUGCUAAACCCGAAGGAGAACAUAAGCUAGAAGAUAUACCUGUAGUGUGCGACUAUCCUGACGUUUUUGUCGAGGUCACAAUUGGAUUGCCGCCUGACCUGGAGAUCGAUUUCACUAUCGAUCUGAUGCCAGAGACUCAACCCAUUCGCAAAGCACCAUACCGUAUGGCGCUAUCUGAAUUGAAGGAGCUGAAGAAGCAACUUGAAGACUUGGCAAACCGGGGUUUUAUUCACCCUAGCGUCUCACCAUGGGGAGUGCCUGUUUUGUUUGUAAGGAAGAAGGAUGGAUCUUUACGUUUGUCCAUUGAUUACCGCAAACUGAACCGAGUAACGAUCAAGAACAAGUACCCAAUGCCGAGGAUUGACGAUCUCUUUGACCAACUGAAAGAAGCUAUAGUCUUCUCUAAAAUAGACCUUUGA